AUGUCCACCUCCACCUCACAACCAGACAUGGUCAAUUCGACCGAGGCUGCGGCCCCCAGCCGCUCCAUGCAGUUCCGGGAGACCAUCUCUCAGCCUGUGAUCGCCGCAUUCUGCGCAGGAGGUGUUGCUGGCGCUGUCUCUCGAACCGUCGUAUCCCCCCUUGAGCGGCUCAAGAUCCUCAUGCAGAUCCAAAGCGUCGGACGAGAUGCGUACAAGCUGUCAGUGGGGAAAGCCCUGAGUAAGAUGUGGAAGGAAGAAGGCUGGAGGGGAUUCAUGCGAGGCAACGGCACAAACUGUAUCCGCAUCGUCCCAUACUCUGCUGUGCAAUUCAGCAGUUAUAACUUUUACAAGCGGAACAUCUUUGAAAGCUACCCGGGUGCUGACUUAGCACCGAUUACUCGCCUUAUCUGCGGUGGCAUCGCUGGUAUAACGUCUGUCUUCCUUACCUACCCUCUCGACAUUGUUCGCACACGGUUAUCCAUCCAAUCUGCAAGCUUUGCCGAGCUAGGAAACAGGCCAGACAAACUGCCUGGUAUGUGGACUACUCUGGUGCAAAUGUACAAGACCGAGGGUGGCAUGUCUGCUCUAUAUCGAGGCAUUAUUCCUACAGUUGCCGGAGUAGCACCAUACGUCGGUCUUAAUUUCAUGGUUUACGAAUCAGUCCGAAAGUACUUGACGCCAGAAGGAGAGCAAAACCCCAACGCAACCCGUAAGUUGCUGGCCGGUGCCAUAUCUGGAGCUGUUGCACAAACUUGCACAUAUCCCUUCGACGUUCUACGGCGCCGAUUCCAGAUCAACACCAUGUCAGGCAUGGGCUACCAGUACAAGGGCAUUACAGAUGCGAUCCGGGUCAUUGUGAUGCAAGAGGGAAUCAAGGGACUUUACAAAGGCAUAGUGCCUAACCUGCUCAAGGUUGCCCCAAGUAUGGCAUCAAGCUGGCUGAGUUUUGAGAUGACCCGUGAUUUUCUCGUCGAUCUCAGGCCCGAAUCUGAGCCACGCUCCUUGUGA